AUGAAUUCUACUGGUGCUAGCAACAGCAACACACCCACUCCUACGCCACCUACUAGAGAAUCCACUCCAAGUUCUUCGAUACCAAAAGGCAUUAAUAGAGGAAAAUCUAAUCCGGCAUGGGCACAUUGCAAGGAAGUGCCGUCAGCAAGUGGAAGGAAAGGGCUGCUAUGCUUGUAUUGCUCAAAAGUUAUCUCCGGUGGAAGUAUAAAUCAGUUUAAACAACAUUUGGCGGGAUUAAAAGGGAAUGCAGAGGCAUGUCGGAAGGUACCAGAUGCUGUUCGAUUUAGAAUGCAGGAACAUCUGGUGGGGCACAUUAUGGAAAAGAAAAGGAAGUGCGAUAUGUUAGAUGAGCAAAAUCCAUAUGCUCCACUCUCCGAGCAUGAUGAGGAGAUAGUAGAAAUGACACCUCUCCAUUCAAAAGCAAAAGGGAAGGGAACUGUUUUCUUGAAGUUUGUCGAUACUUCAGAUGCUUCGAAAACUGGAGAUAUGCUUUACAAAUUAUUCAGAGAAGUGGUCCUAUUUGUUGGUCAAGAGAACGUCGUUCACUUUGUGACUGACAAUGCCGCUAACUACGUGGCUGCUGGUCGCUUGUUGGAGCAGGAGUUCAGGACAAUAUUUUGGUCUCCUUGUGCGGCUCAUUGCAUUAACUUAAUUCUCAGUGAUAUUGGUAAAUUGGACGAGAGUAUUUUGACACAACAGAAUGCUCUGAGGGCUAUGGUAACAUCUAGUGAAUGGACUAGUUCAAGCACUGCAAAGGAAAGUAAAGCAAAAGAAUUUGUGAAGCUAUUAUUUGUGGAUUCUUUCUGGUCUGAAUGUGCAGCCAUAGUGCAGAUUAGUGAGCCUCUUAUUCGUGUGUUACGUAUUGUUGAUAGCGAUGAAAGGCCUGCUAUGGGAUUUUUGCUUGAAGCAAUGCAACUGCACAAGAACUUGCAUGCAGUUGGGUAUUGGUUGAAUCCCAAAUAUCAGUAUGACUUGACCAAGAUGGAGAAGAAUAGAGGAACGGUUUCCGGUUUGCUGGAUGUCAUAGAGAGAUACUCUUAUGGGAAGCCCUCAUUGCAGACAAAACUAACAAGUGAAAUGAAAAUUUUUAAAAAUGCUAAAGGUGAUUUUGGACGAGUAUCUGCAGUAUUCGAUCGCAUUGUGAUGGCCCCGGAUGAGUGGUGGAUGUGGAACUACUUCAAGGGUAGAAAUUAUGACCCAAUUGACUUCGAGAAGUUUGCUUCUUAUUCUACAUGGGUAUUAGAGGAUGAGCCAUCGGCCCUAUCAAAUGAAGAAUUGCGAACAUUUAGACGGGAUUUGCAAAUGUGCAUUCAAGAAAAUGGAAAUGAUGAUUCGUUGGAUUUGAAUUUGGAAGAUCUUGAUAUGGAUGAUGGGGCCGAAGAUAAUAUUGAUGGAGGGAAUGUCAAUGACCAAGUCCAAGAUAAUCCAUUGUUUGAAGCUCCUGAAGCACCACAUGAUGUUGCAACUGAAGACAAUAUCUGUGGAAAUUAUGGUGGAGAUUGGAGUGCAUGGAAUUGCUAA